AUGAGUCGGCUUUCGAGGAUCCUCCCGGUGACGACUAUCGUUGACCAUCCGACAUCGGCCGCGUAUCCAGAGGAAUUUAUUGCGAGCGCUCGUGAAGUUGCUUUGCUUCGUCAGGAUAAUUGGAAUACGAUUAUUCAGGAAAGAAUUCAUCGGAGCGUCGACAGGAUAUUGAGAAGAGAUUGGGAUUCUAGCAUUCCCUCGGUUGGUGUCCCUGGUAAGAGGCGUCUGUCGCUUUUCACCCCGCGCGUACAUAAGCUAAUCAACAAAGCCAGGAAGAUGAGGCCUCAUCCGAAUUUGAGCGAGCUGAUAAGGGUUCAGCUGAAUCUUCCGAGGGCCGAUCCUCCGCGUCGUGUGUCGGCGCCUGUUGUUGAGAGUGCUCCGCCUGAAGUUCCGAGGGACGGAUCCCCGGUUCAUGUCGAAGAUUCUCCGACUGAGGACCCUGCUGUAGAGGUUCAGCAAGUCGGAGCGGUCUCCGAGGAUGCUCCGGUGAUAACUCCGGAUCCUUCAAAGAAGAAGGGAAAAAAGAGAUCCCGACACGACUCUUCAGCUGAAGGGGAUCAGGAGGACGGGCCUAUCGAUCGUCCGGAAACUGAGGGCCCUCCUAAGAAGAAAAAGAAAAAGGGGGCUAAAGCCGGCCAAGAACCGCUUCCACAGGAGAAGACCGGACCUCGGGAAGGCGAGGGAGAUGAUGGCGAGGAGGCGGUUGCUGAACCUUCGGAGGAGGCAGAAGAGGCGGUUGCUGAACCUACGGAGGAGGCAGAAGAGGCUUCUCCCGAGGCUCAGCUACAGCUGAAUAGGAGAAAGAAGAAGACAUGUCCUAGCGAGGGGAAUGUCCGAAGUGAGGAUCCACCGGCUCCAGCUUCUACGGUGGCUCCGGUUCAGCCAUCCACUUCUAAGGCUCCAGCCGGACGAAGCUCCGUCCCGAGAAGAGGUCCUCCCGAGUUCCCGGAUCAGGUGCGUUUCGAGUAUGAUGGGACGACCCCCCUUAUCUAUGCUCCGGACAAGUGCGCAGAGCUGGUGAGUCAGAUAAACGGCGGCCCCCGGCCAUUGCUCCUGAACGAUCUCAUUUUCAAGAAGGAGUAUACUGAUGCUGCUCAAGCCAAGCUUCGGGGUGAUGGGAGCAUGAACUUCGUUGUGGAGUUGUACGAUACCGAGCUCAAGGCGUCCCGUAUCAAGCUGCGGCGCUCUGAGAAGCUGGUGGCGGCGAAGGAUGCCUUCAUCAGGAGGAAGAAAUUUGAAUGGACGGAGGAGACCGAUAAGCUCAAAGUGAAGGCAUCCCGUGCGAUCUCUCGUCGGAAAGCCCAAAAGGAGAAGUUGGAUGCCACUGAAGCUGCAUUGGGCGCUGCUCAAGAGACCGUGGGAAUCCUUGAGACUGAUAUUGCUCUGAUGAAGGAGAGGGAAGAGGAGGCGGAGAAGGAACAGGCGAGAAUCGUUGAGCAGCACGAGAAGAAGAUCAAGCAGCAGGCGAUGGAGAUUGAGCGACUGAAGCGUUCUCGGGUCUUCGAGGUGAUGCAAGAGAGGAUUCGCGUUCAGACCGAGAUGAUCGCGAAAUGCAACAGACGCUUCCGCAACAUAAUGGACCGGGAGAAGCGCCGCGGGCCUUUUGAUGAUGCGACUGCUAUGUACAACCAGUCGUUUGGGACGAGAUCUUGUCUCGAGGUUCUGUUGGAAGCUGGGCGCGACAUUCCGCAUGAUACCAUUGAUAUGUUCGCGGUUUGGGAGGAAGAGUACGAUCAGAAGGCUAAGGAGCUCGACGUGGGAGAGAUCCCGGAGGACGACCUCACUCUUUCUCCACUCGUAUUGCCUUCUCCAUAUGUCGAUGAGAGGGUGUUGCCUGGUCUCAACACCUUCGGUUCUAAUGCAAGUCUGAUCGAUCCGGCUGAUGGGGCUGCUCUCUCGGAUUUGGUUGCUGAAGGUUCCGGAGAGCGGGGGCUCGGCGAGGGGUCUUCGCGAGCGAUAGUAUCAAGUGACGACCCUGCCGGUGUUCCAGCAUCCGGGGGCCAGCUUGCGGAGGAAGAGCCAGUUUUGGACCCAGCCGAGAAGGGGUCUCCAAUCCUUGUUGUGUCGGAUACCUCCGCUGAGGACCGGACGGACGAUCAAAACGAAGAGGAGGCAGCCGUUGAUCAGAGGAUCCCUCCCCCAAUGGAACAAGGAAGUGGAUUGCAGAAGUCGCCCGGCACCGAUAUCGAAGCUUCGACGGAGCCGAAGGGACGAGGCGAGGAUGGAGAGCGUGGAUCCGAAGAUGGUGGAGCGGAGGCACAGAGGCUCGAGGAGCAAGAGCCCGGUGUGAUCGAUAAUCUUGCUAAGGAGUGA